AUGUCGGCACUGAUCUUCCCUCGCUUGCCGCUCUACGAGAGCGAUAUGCAGGCCGACAGUACAGGGUGGCCUCAUCUCGCUGGCCUGGCUCUCGCUGACCCGGACUUUCUGAGGGCGGACCCGGUGGACAUCCUCUUGAGCGCGAACGUGUACGCCGCCAUCCUCCAGACCGGGCUGCGGAAGGGCGGGCCUGGCCAACCUGCGGCGCAGCGGACAUCAUUUGGCUGGCUUCUCGUGGGGCCCGUCGGCACGGCGAAGACUCCUCCGCGUGCUCUGACCUUGCAGUGCCGUGUUGAGGACGACCUCGCUUCUUUGGUGAGAGGAUUCUGGCAGCAGGAGGAGCUGCCUGUGGGACCCGCACCUCUCACUCCGCUCGACCAGGAGUGUGAGGACCUGUUCCGUCGCACGCAUCGCCGUCAAGACGACGGCCGUUACAUCGUGCGCCUCCCGGUGGUUGACCCGCUGUCGGACUUGACUGCUACGAAGCGCGCUGCCUUGCGCGCCCUCACCGCGACGGAGAAGAGGUUCGCUCGAGAUGACCGACUGCGCGAGCUGUACCUCGACUUCAUGCGCACGUAUGAGGAGCUCGGACACAUGGUUCGCUCGGACGCUGCAACGGGAGCCAGAGUGAGCUAUUUACCUCAUCAUGGCGUGCUGCGUGAGGCCAGCUCGACCACUAAGCUGCGCGUGGUAUUCAACGGCUCUGCAGCUGGCUCCUGCGGAGAGUCGCUGAAUCGGAGCCUCCUGGUGGGCCCGAAUCUGUUACCUCCGCUCGCUGACGUCUUGCUGCGCUUGCAUCGCUACGUCCUGGCCACGGACGUAGAGAAGAUGUAUCGCCAGAUUCUGGUCCACCCUGAGGACCGGGAUCUCCAGCGCAUCCUUUGGCGGUAUAGCGCCCGGGAUGAAGUAGCGGAGUUCCGCCUGAACACCGUGACAUACGGCUUAGCGUGUGCGCCGUUCCUGGCCAUGCGCACUCUCCGCCAGCUGGCCGACGAUGAAGCGGACAACUACCCGCUGGCGGCUCGAGCUCUCUAUCGGGACGUCUACAUGGAUGACGUCUUAACAGGUGCCUCGAGUCUGGAGGAGGCGUUUGAGCUACGCCGACAGUUGACCGACCUGUGCAUGGCGGGCGGCUUCCCCCUGCGCAAGUGGUCGGCCAACGAGACGCGAAUCUUACAAGACGUUCCAGCGGAACACCGCAUGCAGCAGGCGCUGCGAGACUGGGGACCGCACGAGACACACGGUACCUUGGGCUUGCGGUGGCAUCCCGCUACUGACGAAUUUUCAUUCACCAUCCCUGCUAUCUCUUUGACCGAGGUGACAAAGAGAUCGGUACUGUCCUUUACUGCCCGACUGUUUGAUCCUCUAGGUUGGCUGGCUCCGGCAGUGGUGCGAGCCAAGAUCGCCUUCCAGUCGACUUGGCUGAUGGGUCUCGGCUGGGACGAUCCUCUCGACGAGGGGGCGAGACAGCUGUGGCGCGAGUACGAGGCUGCUCUUCCCCGUCUGCGGGAUGUACGAAUUCCGCGACGAUUGGACGCCGGUUUGUUGAGCGGUGACGUGGAGCUCAAUGGCUUUGCCGACGCCUCUGAGCGCGCCUAUGCUGCUGUCACCUACUUGCGGACGGGCUCUGGUGCGUCCUGGAGGACCUGCCUUAUCGCGGCCAGGACAAAGGUCGCGCCCUUGAAACCUGUGACUCUGCCAAGGUUGGAGUUGUGCGCUGCUACACUUCUUGCAAGACUGGCGGCGCAUGUCCGAGCUACGCUCGGUCUUGACCGGACGGCGAUGCAUUUGUGGUCGGACUCUACGGUCACUCUGGGCUGGGUACGCGGCCACCCGACUCGGUCGAAGACCUUUGUAGCGAACCGCGUUGCUGAGAUUCAGACCAGGGUCCCUGACGCUCAGUGGCAUCAUGUGCCUGGCCCGGAGAAUCCGGCGGACUGUGCGUCCCGCGGACUUGCGCCGGGAGAGCUGGUGCAUCACCCGCUCUGGUGGCGUGGUCCGGGUUGGCUCCAGGCGGAGUCGACGUCCUGGCCGGAUGCUGAUCGGGGGACUCCUGGUGACGGCUGGCCGGAGGAGAGAGUCCGCGCGCAGGCAGCUAGGAUCGCGUCCGUCGGCGUGGAGGAGCCUGAUGAGCUCUUGCGCUUCUCGAGCCUCGAUCGCCUGCUGCGAGUGACGGCGUGGUGCAGGCGGUGGCUUCGUCUUAGACCGGUUGCUGCGCCGGCGGCCUUGGAGGAUGGCCGGGAGCGGCGUGGCGACGAGUUAUCGGCUGAUGAACUGGAGGAGGCGAGGAUGGCUUGGGUUCGGCGGGUCCAGGCUGACCACUACCAAGUAGAGCUGAGCGUCGUGCGACGGGUCAAGGUCUGCUGCGCGUGGGUGGUCGCCUCAAACACGCGCUUCUCGCUUAUAGAUGAGCGACACCCGGUGCUGCUGCCCGGGGACUCUCAUGUUGCCAGGUUGGUGGUGGAGGACUGCCACCGGCGAACAUUACACGGCGGAGUCCAGAUGACCCUGAGGAUGAUUCGCCAGCGAUACUGGAUCCCCCGGGGACGAGCGGUAGUGAAGACGUGGCUGCGCCGUUGCGUGGUUUGCGUGCGGUGGCGGGCCGCCAUCCCCCGGCAGCUGAUGAGCAGCCUCCCGCGGGAGCGGGUUACUGCGGGGAGACCCUUCCUCGACACCGGAGUCGACUAUGCCGGCCCGGUUCAUCUGCGAACGACCAAGGGACGAGGUCAGCGGACUUACAAGGGCUUCAUCGCGGUCUUCGUCUGCCUGUCAACCCGUGCCGUGCAUUUGGAGGCGGUGUCCGACUACACUGCCGACGCCUUUCUGGCGGCCUUGCGUCGGUUCGUGGCUCGCCGCGGCCUCUAUCGUACGCUCCGUAGCGACUGCGGAACGAACUUCGUCGGCGCCGAUGCGCAAUUGCGGAGUUUUUUCGCCGCUGAUAGCCCUGAGUUGUGUCGGAUCGUCGGACGGCUUGCGAGCGAUCGUAUUAAGUGGCUAUUCAACCCUCCGUCAGCGCCUCAUUUUGGCGGACUCUGGGAGGCCGCCGUCAAGUCCUUGAAGCACCACCUGCGGCGAGUGCUGGGGGACUCGACCCUGACCUUCGAGGAGAUGAGCACCCUCCUCGCUCAGGUGGAAGCCUGUCUGAAUUCGCGACCGCUCCAGGCCUUGUCCGACGAUCCUGAUGACCUCGCCGCCCUCACGCCGGGUCAUUUCUUGGUGGGAUCCCCUCUUACGGCCGUGCCUGAGCCUUCAAUGCGGGAGUUGCCGGCGAACCGCUUGACUCGCUGGCAGCUUCUGCAACAAAUGCGUGACCAUUUCUGGGACCGAUGGUCCCGUGAGUAUCUUCACUCCCUCGUCCAUCGACCGAAGUGGCGGAGGGAGGUCGCAGAUUAUCGAGUGGGACGCCUGUGUCUCCUUCGAAAUGAGAGCACUCCGCCGUCGCGCUGGCCACUCGCGCGAAUCGUGCGGGUGCACGUAGGGGAGGAUGGCCAGAUUCGCGUCGUCACUGUCCGGACGGCUGCGUCGGAGUUCACGCGACCAGUAGUCAAGCUCAUAUUAUUGCCGGUUGGAGAGGGCGAUCAGAGCCAGGAGUCGCUUGACUAGCGCCGAGAGUGGUCUCCGGAGACGCUUUAGCAUUUUGUAAUUAUCAUUAAUUCGACUAGCUAAUCUUUAAUGUCAACAUUUUUCUUGGGCAGCUUAAAUCUAAUCAGGAAAACAGCUUGCGUGCGGAGAGCCCUGCUGAAUUUCGCUCGUGCCCCUUGUCGUCAUUUUGCCGUUUGUUUGUCAACGCUCAUCGAAAAAUUUCAAAAAAAAAAAUUCAUCCGCUUGUCACUAUAUCACAUCGAGCUUCCAAGCGUCGCGUACUUGCAGGACUUCAGCGGAUCCACCAGAAUAGGUCAACCAUAGAGCCACGCGAGGAAGUCGAAUGCGGGGGUGCACGAUGCGAGGGAGGUUCGGGGGGACCUCGACCUGGACCGAUCGCCCUGGCUCGGGCGAGGCGGGCGGGAUGUUCGGGAUCGCGGCUG